GGGCGAGCCCGGGGGCUCCCGAUGGGCUUGGCGCGGCCUCUCCAGGCCCCGGGGCCUGCGAGUCACCCCGCUUGACGUGGAGGCGCCGGGCCGGAACAGGCAGGCGGCCGCGGGCAGCCCCACUUUCUGCUUGCUCAGCCCCGGGAGGGCGCAGGAGGGCUGCAGGUGGCACUGCCCGGGCCUGGGGACGGUGCCCGGCAUUCGGGUGUGACCGGCGUGCAGACCGGUGGCUGGGAGAACGGCCACCCCUGGGUCAGGUGACCGGCCGGCCAGUAACCAGACACCUGCCCCCGGCCGGCCGACCCGGGCAGCGUACCCUGGGUGCCGAGGAGAGGCCGGACAGCAGUUGAACCACGGUCAGAAGAGGCCCUUGCACCGGACACCUCUGAGGACAGCCUGUGCCCGCCCUGCUGAACCCACGCCUUGGACGGCUGUCCUCAGCGAGGGCCCCUGUGCCCGGCCCUGAGCGUGCGCCAUGGGCCUGCUCGCCUACCUGAAGACGCAGUUCGCCGUGCACCUGCUCAUCGGCUUCGUCUUCGUGGUCAGCGGGCUGGCCAUCAACUUCAUGCAGCUGUGCACGCUGGUCCUGUGGCCCAUCAACAAGCAGCUCUACCGCCGCCUCAACUGCCGCCUGGCCUACUCGCUCUGGAGCCAGUUGGUGAUGCUGCUGGAGUGGUGGUCCUGCACGGAGUGCACGCUCUUCACCGACCAGGCCACCGUGGACCACUUCGGGAAGGAGCACGUGGUCGUCAUCCUUAACCACAACUUCGAGAUUGACUUCCUGUGCGGGUGGACCAUGUGCGAGCGCUUCGGCGUGCUGGGGAGCUCCAAAGUCCUGGCCAAGAAGGAGCUGCUGUACGUGCCCCUCAUCGGCUGGACGUGGUACUUCCUGGAGAUCGUGUUCUGCAAGCGGAAGUGGGAGGAGGACCGCGACACCGUCAUCGAGGGGCUGAAGCGCCUGGCCGACUACCCCGAGUACAUGUGGUUUCUCUUGUACUGUGAAGGGACGCGCUUCACAGAGACCAAGCACCGCGUCAGCAUGGAGGUGGCCGCCUCCAAGGGACUGCCGCCCCUGAAGUACCACCUGCUGCCGCGGACCAAGGGCUUCACCACUGCAGUCCAGUGCCUGCAGGGAACAGUGGCAGCUGUGUACGAUGUGACCCUGAAUUUCAGAGGAAACAAGAACCCGUCUCUGCUGGGAAUCCUCUACGGGAAGAAGUACGAGGCAGACAUGUGUGUAAGGAGGUUCCCUCUGGAGGAGAUCCCGCAGGACGAGCAAGGGGCGGCGCAGUGGCUGCACAAGCUGUACCAGGAGAAGGACGCGCUGCAGGAGAUGUACGAGCAGAAGGGCGUCUUCCCGGGAGAGCAGAUCAAGCCCGCCCGGAGGCCGUGGACACUGCUGAACUUCCUAUGCUGGGCCACCUUGCUCCUCUCGCCCCUCUUCAGCUUUGUGCUGGGUGUCUUCGCCAGUGGGUCCCCUCUCCUGAUCCUCACAUUCCUGGGGUUUGUGGGUGCAGCGUCCUUCGGAGUCCGCAGACUGAUAGGAGUGACAGAAAUAGAAAAAGGGUCCAGCUACGGAAACCAGGAACUUAAGAAAAAGGAAUAACCGAUGGCUGUGAUUGAACGCACAUAACCUGACGUGGUAUCCAAUUAACUCAAUUAAAAACAGAACAACACACACAGAGCAAGGAGCAAGAGACACUUAGAAACUAUUUUUCUUAUUAACUGGUGACUAAUAUUAACCAAUAAAACUUGAGCCAAGAGCAAAGAACUGACAAGGCCUGCCAGGUGAAGACGGCGCCCGGCUCCCAGCAGGCAGGGUCUCCGCGCCUGCCCGCCGCAGACAGAAGGCCCGGAGGGUGGGCGUCCGAGCUGGGCGCCACAGCUGGCUCCUCGCCAGGGGUCACCGUCUCUCCAGAGCUCCGCUUCCAAGGGGGGCCUUUGGCUGCUUUCUCUUCUUAAACUUAGAUGGAGGUUUCUGUUUUUAUCGGUAUUUCAGGAACUUAACGUGGCCCCUCAGCUCUUCCCCUGCGCCCCUCCACACUGGCUCCUCGUGAGUCCUCCGCUGUCCCCGGGGUGGUCAGUGGGUCCCAGCCCCCCGGAGAGCUGCUGUCCCCCUGCUUGGCACCUCGCUUCCAGGCCCCAGGGCGGGGCCGGAGAAGUCCUGAGCGAUAAGCACACGCUGAAUGUAAGCCGCACGCGUUCAGAGCGCGGCCCGCCCGCCCGUCCCCUCGCCGUGGGGCUGGCAGAGCCGAGCACCGUUUCCCGCCCUGCAGCCCUGCUGCCUGUUAGCUGCGUGCACACACCUCGCAUCUCUUCUUAAAGUGAGUGGACUGUGGCAAGCGCAGUGCGCCCCGAGGUCCUCCCGCUCCCAAGGCCUGUCCCCCUCUGCGUGGCUGUCGGGCUGGGGCCGGGCACAGGGGCCAGGGGCCGUGGCCGGCAGGACCUGCAGGAUGCUUUUGGAGAAGUAGUGGCACCAUCAAGUCCCUUGGGUUGACAGCGUCAGUCGGAGACGGUCCAUCUCCAGCCUGUGGGCGCCUGGAGAGUUCUUACUCGUUGGUCUGAGGAUGGCUCGCCACUUCCUGAGGGGAACUGGAAGCAGAGGCCCCCUUCGCUCCCCUCUGUGGGGCACGAUGUGACCUCAGGGAGGCUGCCCUUGUGCGGGCAGGUGUCCUGCGGCCCUGAGGCCACCACCCACCUCCGGGACGGCCCUGCGGAGGACAGGGUGUCUCCGUCUGCACUCAGUGUCUUCCGCGAAGCCCGUCCCACCCGGUAGAUGUUUCUUCCGGCACCAUGAGUCCGGCCUGGCAGAUGGUGGCUGCCGGGCCACCUGGAGUGGUGGGCAGGUCUCUCCCGCCUCGGCUGACUCGGGCAUCACGUCGCUGGCCUCCCGCUCUGGGCAUCCGUCCGGAACUUCCCGCAGCCUCCCUGACCGUCACGCUCCCGUCACCUUCUUGAGCAAGGGGGAGAGCUGGGUGUUCUCUGGCAGUGGAACCAGCAUUCCGGAGGUAGACGGAUUGAGUCUCUUAGGGAAAACCCAGAGACAGAGGCAGGAAUAUUAGAGAGGAGGGAACAGCCGACUCUGCGUCAGCCCUGGGUGCGUGGGGGACCAGGGAGGCAGCCGGGGUCUGGAGCGGGGAGCAGCGGGGCCUUUGUGCUCUUCACAGGAGCAGUGGCCGCGUGCUGUGCCUCAUGAGGGCGACAGCUUCACCCAGGAGCGCACUUCGACCUCGCCGCCCUCUCGGCGUGGCCCCCCAGCGCCCCCUUCCUUUUCCUCCCACGUCGCGCGGUUCCUUCUCUUCCGUGUGCUCUGGCUCGGGUCGUCGCUGAGUCACUGACCCUGGGUGCUUGCGGCGCUGCAGGGCCACCCUGCACGUUCGGGCCCAGCACUGCACCCGGGCUUCCGCGCUGUGCGUUUCCCAGCUAUGGCUUCCCCAGAGCCCCCUCCCCGGCCGACAUGGGAGGGAUCAGCACUGGGCUGAAGAUCAGGGCGCAGGCUUCACCCCGAGAUCCCUUAUUCUGGCCCAGCUCUGCUAGCACCGCGACACCAAGCCCUCCGAGAGCAAUAAAAACCAUGCUGUGAAUGUUUUUUUUUUUUGCUUUCACCUGCUUCUGAAGAAAGGGGGAGGAGCGCUCCUUUGAUCUUAAAAUUAAAUUCACGUAUGUCAGAAUAGUGCUCACUCUUUUCCUUUACCCUGGUCCCGAACCUCGUGCUUGCUGGCGUCCUGUUGGAUUCAGGCAGUGUUGGCGCCAAGGCAUCUCGGCACUCUCAGACACCCAUGCUGGCCACCGAGGGGUAGCGCAGUCCAGGCCUGGGGGCCGAGGCCUGGGCAGAGCUGUGGGCUGGCCCUGGGGCUCAUGGGAGGCUCCCAGGACCCCAGGUCCUGCCCUUGGGUGCCCUACCUGGAACGUGGUCUCUUGGGCCACCAGCAGCCCAUGCAUGCCUCCUGUGUCUUCUGGCACAGGCCCGAGUCAGGUGCCUUGGGGUCCCGCCCUCCCUGAGGGCUUGUCCGCUGUCUCCACGGUCUUCCCACAUUGUCCUGGCUGUGGCCCUCCUGGUCCACUCGCACAGACUCGGACCGCCCUGUGUGAGCUGGGGGAGGGGCGCGGUUCUGUGUGCCCCUCCCCCGCAAAGUUCCAAGGCCUCCCAAAAGCCUGCAUUCCCCAGUGCCUUCGCGGAGCUCCCGGCUGCUGGGGACCUGUGCUUCUGUCUCGGGGCUCCUUGAGGUGGCCGGCAGGAAGCUGGGAAGGAACCAAGUGGUCACAGAAAGGCAUUUCCUACUCCAGGGACUUUCUCUAAAGUAAGGCCCAAGGAGAGUCUGAAAUGGCUACAUACCGAGAAGGCCUUUAACCCAGAGACAAAAAACAGCCCUGCUGUCCGGCACGUGGUGACAGCACAACGCAGCCCUCCUGAGAGGCACAAAAGUCCCUGCCUCGGACACAGAGUCCGAUCGAAGAGCUGAGCUCUGUGUGUAUAACCCACAAAAGAAUACAGGACAGCAACGUGAGCAGCACUUAUUUGUAAAAAGUAACGCAGGUGUGAUCCUGAUCUCCCCCACUCCCCGGCUGUGCCCCAUGACAUGAGUGCGCCCCCUCCUUUUAGCUGGCCAAGUUGUCCCUGAGCGCUGGUGCCGACCUGCAGAGACCAAGAUGCAGCGGUGAUCCAGCCUCAGGUCGCACCCACAACAGACCACGCACGGUCACGGGGCGUCCACGAGCAUCCGAUGACCCGUCUCGGGUUUGGGGCAAGGAACAAGUGGCUGUCUGCAUGUGGCUCUGUGUCUGUCCGGGAUGCAGGACAGGCCCAGUAUAACCUCCCCUGCCUGCCGACUUCCAUUCACCUGCCCGGCCCCGUGUAUACACUCACGCUGCCUGUCUCCUGCCCCAGCAAGCCGCAUGCGAGCCCUGGCACGCGACACGCAGUGCCCAGCAGGGCAGCGCAGCCUCUGGUCCCUCUGCAGUGUAGCUGGGCUCAGGGCAAACCCUUGAGCCAGAAAUGCCUGCCUUUCUCCUAGAAAGAGCAUGUCCCGGCCUUUCUCUGGUGGCCGCCCCAAACCAAAGGCAACCUGCCCGUAGCAUCCUGGUCCUGGGCACACGGGAGGGCGUGACCCACGGAGCUGGGCUCUGGCUUUGUCCCAGGACCCUGCUGUGGGCUGUCAGAGCAGGUGCUGAGCCUUGGGCUCCUGAUUCUCUCAUGCUGGGGCCAGGAUUCAAAAACACAGGGACGACGUGGGGUACAGUGUCGCACUGUGAUCUGCCUGACUGGCUGGGCGCACCCGUGAGUUAACUUUAUGUCAAGCGUGUGCUGCUUGUCAUGUAGCAUUCUCAGACUGUUCUGGAGCCCAGAAGUCGUGUGGGCGCCAGCCCCGGUCCACCCAGGCAACACGGCAGCAUCUGCCCAGAUGGCUGGGUUGGGGCAGAACUGAUCUUUGCACUAAUGAGGUCACCUGAAGCUUUCGUUUCUAACUUUUCAGUUUCCUAACUUUCUGUUGCAAAAGUACUGGACAGAAGUUGAACUGUGAAUGAGACACUGAAAUGCACUAAAUUGUAUUAAAUUAAACUGGAGUUACUUGACCCGUGAAGAAAUGCCUCCAAUCGACUUGUAUUUAUUGUCUCAGAAUUGUAGUUGUGACAAUCAAAUGUUACUUGCCUCAAGGCCAGGAGACUUGACUGGCUUCUUAAUCGUCAAGCUUGCCGGCGCGUACUGUAACUGUACAUGACCAUCUCUCUGGAAGACCACGCCAUUACUCCCAGCGCCGCCCAUGACAGACGUUAGGUUCUUUUUCUAUUACUGAGAAAUCACCAUGCCUGACUGUUGGCCAGUUUUUGAAGGACACGUUGUAUACAGGGUGCAAUGUAUUAUAGAGCUGCUUCCUUUUGUACACUUCAUUUUUACAAGUUUUGCUACUCACAAGCUUUAUAGAGUGGAGAGGGAGGCGCUUUGCUGGGAGCUGGGGGGGACCUUGCAGGCCGGUGUCCCGAGGAGCGGCCAUGUCGGCGACUGUGCAGAGCUCUCUCCGACCUGGCCGUGGGGGAGUGUGUGUGCUUGGUGGUAUUUUCUGGGUAAGAUGCCCCAGGCAUCACAUUUGUUUGUUAAAAAUGCUACUGUGAAAGAGAGGAAUGAAAUGUCCACAAUAUAAGAGAAAGUGAC